AUGGCCUCUAACUCAGCAUCGGCCGGGCUGGGCGACUAUGAGAAUUUAUCAGGUAUAGUGAUAUUUUGUUUAGUUUUUUAUUUUUAGGUAUGAAAAAUUUUUUGAGAAUGGAUUUUUUGCACUGUGCAGUGUUUUUGCUGCACUGUGCUGUCUGUUUUCUAUUUUGCACAGUGCAGUCAUUUUGUAAUUUCGUUGCACCGUGCGAUAAACUUUAUUUUUUGCCCAGUACUAUUCAUCUUUUGUUGCCUUGCACUGGGCAGUCAAUUUAUAUUUGGCACCGUGCAGUCUUUUGUAAUUUCUUUGCACCGUGCAAAUUCCUUUAUUUUUUGCACAGGAUUUCUUUGCACGGUGCAAUCAUCUUACUAUAUUCUUUGCACAGUGCAGUUCACCUUUUAUUUCCUUUGCACUGUGCAACCUCUUUUAUUCCUUGCACGGUGCAAAAAAAAAGAAAAAAAAAUAAUUUUAAAAAUUAACUUAAAAUUUAAAAAUCUAAAUUAAAUUUUUUUUUAAAUUCAGAAAUCUCCCGAUUGGCGAAUCGUGAAGCCCGUUCGACGUCAGAUGAAGAAUCUAGUCGUCAUUUGGCCACACAAACCCCCGCCAGUUCAUCAUCGUCGUACCCGGGCGUGGUAAUGCGACGACCCACAACUGGUAGUGAAGAUGAUGAACAUACGGAAAUGGUACCACAAGUUGGUACCACUUUCUAUGAUUAUCAAGCCAAAGAGAAGGAUGAAUUGUCAUUUCAACGGGGGUCUGUGGUCGAAAUUAUUGAAAAGGACAGGUAAGUAAUGAAAUAGCAUUAUAUAAUAGUAGUAGUACGCCAGGGGUAAGGUGGGACUAUAAAAAGGUUAGGACAGGGUAGAGCAGGGUUCAUUGAGUUAGGCAGAGUAGUAGUAUUGCAGGGGUAAGUAAGGGUAUGGUACGGUGUGGUAAGAUAGGGUAGGGUAUGGUAGGGGUAAGGCAAAGUCAGGUAGGGCUGGCUAUACUAAUAGGGUACGGCAGGGUAGAGUACGGUAGGGUAAGGUAGGGUACGGUAGGGUAAGGUAGGGAAAGUUUAUAAAUUAAUUUUUCAAUUUCAGGGAAAAAGGCUGGGUAUACGGUAAAAUCGACAACAAAACGGGUAUGGUGCCGGAAAACUAUGUCAGACUGAUAGGACGACAACCAAAAGAGAUCAGAGCUUGUGAUUUCGAGAAAAUUGAAGAAAAAGUUGGUAAUGGAGCAUCAUCAAAUGUCUAUAGAGGGCUGUACAAAGGUCAGAUGGUAGCAUUGAAGAUACCUAGGUUUAACAAAGGAGAAAAUCAAAGUAAAAAAAUUGAAUGUAAGUUGAUGGAAAGAAAGUUCUUGCCAUUUUUUGAUUUUUAAAGAAAGUUCUUGCCAUUUUUUGUUUUGUAAAGAAAGUUCUUACCAUUUUUUGCUUUGUAAAGAAAGUUUUUGCCAUUUUCAGCGCUAAAACGAGAAGCCCUGGUCUACGCGCGUCUAAAUCACAAAAACAUCGUCGCCUUCUACGGAAUCUGCAUCGAAUCACCGUGCUUGCUACUCGAACUCUGUGAAGGUGGCACGUUGAUGAGGUUGUAUCGAGAACUGUCAUUCGCCGUGUUCUCGACUGUUAUUAAGUGGGGACUACAGGUGGCAGAAGGCAUGAACCAUCUACAUAACAGAGAUGAUGCACUACUACAUGCUGAUUUAAAGGCUGAUAACAGUAAGUUAAAGCGGAUAUGGUGGGGGAUGGUUAUGGGACGGUUAGGGUGAGAUAGAAAAGAGAAUGAGUAAGGCGGAGUGGAAUAGGACGUGGUGGGGACGAUAGAAAAGAGUAGAGUACGGUAUGGUAGGAUUUGGUAGAGUAGGGUAGGGUACUGUACGUUAGAGCGGCGUACGGUAGGGUAGAGUAAGUUAGGGUUGGGUACGGCAGAGUACAAUAGGGUAGAGUAGAGUAGGGUAAGGUAGGAUAGGGUAGAGUAGAGUUGGGUACGGUAGGAUAGUGUAGAGUACGGUACAGUACAGUAGGUUAGGGUAGAGUACAGUAGGGCAGAGUAGAGUAGGGGGUAGGGUUGCGUAGGGCAGGAUAGGGCAUGUUACAGUAGUGUAAAGUAGAGUAGGGUAGGGUACCGUAGGGUUUGGUAAAGUAAGGUACAGUAGGAUAGAGUAGGGUAGAAUAGGGUGGGUAGUGUAUAGUAAGAUGGGGAGGGUAGGGAAAGGUUGAAAAGGGUAAGGAGAGGUAAAGUGUCAGGGCGGGAUAAGGUAGAGUAAAGAGGGUUGGAUAGUGUAAAAAAGAGUAUUGUAGGGCAGGGUAGGGUAGUGAAGGGCAGGGUACGAUACUGUACUGUAGGGUACAAUAGGGAACAGUAGGGUACGCUAGGAUAGAGUAGAGUAUUCUUGUGUAGGAAAGAAAAGGCGGUACAGGUUGGGGUAUAUUUUUAAAAAUUUUUACAAAUCGGGAGUGACCAGCACGUAUUUUCCUUUACAGUCCUAGUAAAAGAAGUCCCUUGUCUGUGCGAGCACAACGAACGUUCCACCGAUCCCCCAACCUACCACAACAAUAUCUGUACCAAUUGCAAUGGUACCAAACUGGACAAACUGACCCUAAAAAUCACUGACUUUGGUCUAUCCAGAGAUGUCACCUCGUCUCGUGCCAGUUUCGGUGGAUCGUGCGCCUGGAUGUCGCCCGAGCUGAUCGCACGUCAAGAGUUCUCCAAGGCCUCGGAUAUCUGGAGCUUUGGGAUCCUGUUCUGGGAGAUCCUCACCAAUCAUAUGCCACUUCAGGAGUACGAAGGCGCCAUCGUGGUGAUUGCCAUCGCACAACGCGGUAAAACCCCGGACAUUCCGGACAAUUGCCCCCUGGCUAUUCGCAAUGUCAUGCAGUUGUGCUGGCAACAGAACCCCGAGAGACGCCCCAGCUUCACCGAGGUGAUAGUACUAUUGAAACAGGCAUUAAAGGAGGUGGACAAGAGUAAGGGUUGGAACACUGAAGACAUCAUGAAGAAGUCGAGGGCCAGAACAGAUGUAUCGUUGAAAGAGGUCGAGGAGGAGAUCAAGAAAAGAGGCAUUGAGUAAGUGUUUUAUCAAGGAGGGUAUUUUAAGAGGGGUCAUAAUUGAAGAAGGAAAGGGAUUUUUUGAUUGAGAGGGGUGACCUUAAAAAAUUAUUUGUUUAAGGGAGGGGGGGGGGUGUAAAAUUAUUUUUUCAUUUAGGAGUAGAGGGAAGGGUCAAACAUUUUUUUAGAUUUAGAGAGGAGUAUCUUAAAAUUUUUUAAAGCGAGGGGUAACAAAUUUUUUUUUAUUUAUUGAGGAGGGGGGGUAACAUUUUUUUUGGUUUGUGGGUGAGAAUAAAGCUUUUUUGUAUUACGGAACGGUUGGCUUUAAACAAAUUAAAAAUGGCAAAAACUUUCUUUACAAAACAGAAAAUGGCAAGAACAUUCUUUACAAAACAUAAAAAAACAAACACUUUCUCUACAAACCCUAAAAUUUCUGAAAAUGUUUAUUUUUAGCCCCUCGAAAUACUCAACCAUACCCUUCAAUCCAAAACCACCAAAAACGGCGGAACGGUCGAUAAAGCGAAAACCUCGACCAAUCCCGAAAAUCAAAGGAAAAGUGUCAAAAGAAAACAUUGGUGGACCACAAGACUUUCAACACAUGUUUCACGUCAUAGCUACCUCAACAUCGCCGGACUCCAGGCGGUUCGACUUUUUUGAAAGUGGGUUUUAAAAUUUUUAUUUUUUGUAAAUCUCAUUUUCCAUCACUUUUUUGUCAAAAAUGACCUUUUUUGCACAGUGCAUAUUUUUUCCUGAUAUUUUUAAAUUUAAAAACUAUUUUAUUGCACGGUGCAGAGAUAAAAUUAAAAAACUGCCAAAAGUCCGAGAAUUUAUGAAAUUUUUAAAACGUUUUUUAUAUAAAACUAGUAAAAAAUGACGAAAAACAUUGUCAUUCACUUUUCAGGCCUAUUAAGUUUACAGUGCAUAUUUAAAAUUGCACAGUGCAAAAUUUUGUUUGCACAGUGCAGGUUUUAAAUGACAUUGUAUUCAAAAUGUAAAUUUUUGACCAAAAUAAAAUUGACUUUUAUGGUAAAACAACAUAUAUUUCAUCAGAAAUUCCAAAACAUUACUGUGCAUAUUAAAAAUGGCAUUUUUUUUGUAUUUUUAAGCUGCACUUUGCAAAAUAAAAAUAAUGAUUGCACUGUGCAAGAUAAAUGCUGUUUUCUCGUUGAGUUUUUGGAAUUACUGAAGAAAAAUUAGAAUUUGUAGACAAAGUAAAUCAGUGUGAUUACAUUUUUGAUCAAUUUUUUAGGUAACACUUUUCAGUUUUGGCGAAAUUUCAAAAUUAAAAAAUUUUCUUUGAAAUUUGUCGUUUCAAUAAUGCUUUAGACGUGUGUUUCCAUUUCGUUGUGGUUAGUUUGAGUCGUCAUUUUAAUUUUAUAUCGUUUCUUGUCCAAAAACUUUAAUUUCUUUUUUACUUUAAAAAUUUCAAUUUUUUAAAUUUCGAAAAUCAAAUUUUAAAUUCUUUUUUUAAAUUCAAACAAAAUUAAGUUAAAACCUGUUUUUAAAUUUCGAAAAACAAGAUAAACCUACUUACUGUUGUCUGUAAACCCGUUCGUAAACAUUGGUGUUGUUGUAGACCCGGACAAAGACGUCCAUCCCUCACGUCAUCAUCGUGGCGGGCAUCUGGAGCGGCAGGAGUCGGUCGAUGCUCAGACAUUGCCACGAAGCUACAAACAUUCGGUGAAAGAGCCAAAGACAGUGAAGCGGCCCAUGGGUAAUGAGCAUCUACAUCCGAUGGGGUUCAAUCGGAAUGCUUCGAAGAGUAAUCCUGAACUGUUCGGAGCCUUCUCGAUCAAUAAGCAACAUAUUCCGCGGAGAAGUAAUGCUUAUCGACACAAGGACUUUGAGAGGAUUCAUCCCAAGAUCAAGACUACAAACUCUUCGGAUUCUUCCGAAGACAAUGUCAUCAUUUCGGCCGAGGAUGUUGGUAAGUGUUGUUGGUGGUAGUUUAGGUAUUGUACAGUUAUUGGUAUUAUAGGUAUUGUAAAAAAAAUUUUUUUUUGGAUAUUGUAGUAGGUCUUGGUAAAUCUUUUUUUAUUUUAGGUUUUGUAAAGAAAGUUUUUGCCAUUUCUAGUUCUGUAAAGAAAGUUCUCUGGAUUUUGAAAAAGCCACAAAACCUUCUAAAAAGUCAUAAUAUAACCCUAUUUUUAUAUUCUAAUGCAUUUUUAAUCAUUUUCUUAGUGUUUGACGAAGUGUCACAAAAAUUAUUGGAUUUUUGUUUUAUGCUACAACUGAAAUUUUUUGUCGUUUUAAAACAAAAGGUAGUAAAAAAGUGAAUAAUAACAAUUAAAUGCUUCCUUUUUACCAAACAACAUUGUUUUAGACAUCCGAGAGCCCCGACACACCGAUUAUGACAUUUCGCAACAAUCGAGUCGCAAAAGCAAUGCCAUUUUCUAUGAUCUUCCCGAUUCGGAUUCGUCGAUUUCGGCGGUUUCUGACACGCGACAGAAGCCCAGCCUCAAGACCAAGUUCUUCAAUUUUAAUUUUUUGAAGAAACGUCCAUCGCCAACACGAGUGGAUCAACUGGUCGAUCGACCGUGCCUGCCACAGUGUUUUCAUCCAAAUCAUUCGAACGAUCUGGCCAAAAACUUUAGUCAUCAGUGUGGAUUACAGGUAGGAGACUGGAAUUUUUGGUCGAUUUUCUGGGUUGUAAAGAAAGUUCUUGCCGUUUUUUGUAUUGUGAAGAAAAUUCUUGCCAUUUUAAAUUUCUUAACUUGAAAAUGACAAACUACCCAUUAAAACCAUGAUUUCUAUUGCACCGUGCAAUAUUUUAAUUUUACCGCACCGUGCAACAAAUUUUGUUUUUUAUGCUGUACAAGUUGCCACGUAUUUUAAGUAACAAAUAUCGUCAGAAAAUUUAGUCUAGCCUAACAAAAAGCUAAUAAAACCAUUCUCACUUUGAUAGCUCUAAAAAGAAUGGCACAAUGAAUUUUUAAAAAAUAACUGCACCGUGCAAUCGAAAGGGUUGCACUGUGCAGAUAAAUUGCAAUUUAUUGCCAUUUUUUGUUUUAAAGUUCUUGCCAUUUUAUUUUUUGUAAACAAAGUUAUUGCCAUUUUACAUUUUGUAAAGGAAGUUCAUGCCAUUUUUUGUUUUGUAAAGAAAGUUCUUGCCAUUUCAAUCUCUACAAACUAAUCUUCCCAUCGUUUUCAGGAGCCUGAGAGCCCAGAAACAAUCCUCGGCCUCGAGCCCGAGCUUCAUUUGCUUUCAAAAUUUGCUAGACUUCAUCAUCAACAAGCCCAGAAUCAUGGCCGGCCUUUUAUAAAAAUGGCCAACGAUCCGGAUAAACGUCGUCGGCCACAGCCACCAACGCCGGUCCAGCGGCCCGGCUCGACCGUUUCGUCUAAAGUUUUGAAAGCACGCCAAAACUUAUCGAUCUCCGAGACGGAAGGUUCAUUUGAUCAGGGUUUCGACGAGGAGGACUUUAAUUCAUCGAUGAAUUCGAAUUAUCAAACUCCUUUGAGCUCGCAUUCGACUGGAAAUGGCAAUAUUAACACUGGUGGUAGAACUGACAUUAUUAAUAGUGAUUGGUCAAAAAAUCGGUCAGAAAGUUUUGGGCAGCCUUCAGACAACUAUCAAUUUGCUCAUCGUGCCGAGUUCUCACUUCCACCUAGCACUAAAGACAGCUCAUCGCACCGUGCAAGAGACAAUUCACUGCACAGUGCAAGAGACAGCUCGUUGCACGGUGCAGACAAUUAUCAGUUCGCGCACAGAGUAAACGAGCCAAUAAGACAUCGAGACAACGUGCCGAAUAGUGCUAGAGAUGUGUCUGGACAUCGUACUCACAGUCACGACCACUUUCAUAAACUAGAGUUUAGUGAAAAUGGCAGAGACGGCUCGUUGCACCGUGCAGAAUUCUCUCUGCCGCGCAGUGCAAGAGAUGGCUCGUUGCACCGUGCAAACGCUUCACUCCCACCGAUGCAGCGUGCGCCAGACUAUCAAAUGCCGUUGCAUCGUGCUAAUCAGUCCUAUCCCACGACGAAUCAGAUGAAACAGUACGAAGCGCCACUAUAUUCGGAUUCCAUAUCCGACGAGCUCGAUAUUGACAUAGAGGAGAUUAAGAAGGCCGCUUCAUCGCCCUUCACGAACCAAACCUAUCAGCCAAUGAAGGAUAGUAUAUACGGUGCUGAGAAACUGCAGAGGCCGAGUACGUUGGCUGUGCACGGUAUACCACAUAAUAGUUUGUCUUCACCGUCAAGACUUGAUGAUGAACCACCAGUGAUUGAGAUAGCUGAGUGUCAAGCUGGUGAGCUAGCUCAAGGUAAGAUGUCGGAUACCCAUGUGAGGAUGUCGAGUGACUCACACCUCGAAAUGUCGCCUGAGUUGAUGCCAAAAGGGAGGAGGUCAAUGUCGGAUCAUCAGAAUGAAGUAAUGUCGCCUAAACUACCCCCUAGACCUACCCAUUUGUCUCCGAGUGUACCUAAUCUGCCUAUAUCACCUGGUCGAAGUAGAAACUCGUCGAACUGUAGCUUGACUGGAGAUGGUCAUAGAAGGCAUCGACAGAGACAUGUAAGUUUAUAUUGAUCUGGAGGACAGGUGGGAGUAAAGUUAAUGGGUACUGCUAAGCGUAGGGGUAGGUCUUGAGGGAUAGGGGCGAAUCUGUAGGGGCAGGAAUGGAUCCUUAGGGGCAUGGGUGGAUGUUUAGGGUAGGGGUGGAUCUAGUAGUAGAUCCAUCAUUAUAGGGACAGGGGUGGAGCUAUAGAGGCAAUGGUGGACCUAUAGCGGCAGGGGUAUGUUUUUAAGAGCAGGGUUGGACAUAUAGAAGCAGGGGUGGAUUUAUAGAGCCAGUGGAUCUUUAAAGGCAAGUAUAUAGGCAGGGUUAAGGAAGUAGGUGUAGGGGUAAAGGUAAAGAAAGUUUGAAUUUUAAUAAAAAAGUUUUAGUCAGUACUAGAUCAGUAUAUUGAAGUACCAGACGGUCGAAGACAAUCCCCAACUACUCAUGUGCCAUUUUUGGAAUCACCAAAAGUCGCCGAAGAAUUUAAAGAGCCUUUGAAGUGAGUUUGACCCACUUCUUUUACCAUUUUUUGUUUUGUAAAGAAAGUUCUUGCCAUUUCCUGUUUUGUAAAGAAAGUUCUUGCCAUUUUUUAAAUUUAUAAACACAUUCCAGCCACUUUUAAACUGACAAACCCCCUAAUACCAUACUUUUAGCUACUUUAUGUUAAACAACACGUCAGACAAGGACUCACCGCCAACUGAACCAGCCCCACCUCCGCCGACGGCAUCACAUCGGGUACCGAAAAUACCAGUACGGUUGAAUAAAACACCCAAAAGUCCGCCUACCUUUAUGUAG